AUGUCGACCUGUGGUCCCACGAGUUUCUACGGUGCGUGGCAGCAAAGCGAUGUUCCUCAACCCUCUGACGAUUCCCCCGAAGAUCACGGUGAUGGCGUAGACGGUGAUGCUAGGCUUGAUCCAGCUAGGGCUCCUCAAGGUGACGAACAUGAUGCUGCGCAAGGCUAUGUCGCUUCGGGCAAUACCUGGAGCAAGUGGAGUGAAGGCCAGCGGACAGGCUGGUGGGGACACUCCUGGGGUGACACUGACUCGAACUGGAAUAGAUCUGGGUGGGCUCAGAACUCCGGCAACGGUCAGCAUUGGGAUCCACGCUGGCAAGGCUGGCAUGGAUGGGGUACGGCUUCUACGGGAUCCGGAUCAGGAGACGGGAUCUGCUACGAUAGGGACUCCAAGGACUCAGGGACUGACCCCUGGGCUCGAUUUGUUUCUGCGGGAGAUUCGCGCGGAGUUCAAGACGGCUCUCAAGUCGGAGGAUGGGGUCCCGCUACAGAUGCUCAAGGCAAAGGCUUCCAAGGGAGGCCGAACGAAGGGGGCCGAGGCCCCUCCGAGAAGAUGAUUGUGCCGAGCUUCUCCGGCAACACCGGAGAUCAGGGUGAUGAUAUCGGGACCUCUGCCCGAUCGUAUCUGCGCCAGGUUUCGGCGUGGCGCCGCAUGACGAGGAUGUCGGUUGAUCAACAAGGCCUGACCCUGUACCAACAUCUCACCGACAAGGCGUGGAUCGAUGCAGAGCGCCUAGAUGUAGAUCGACUGGCUACCAAGGAGGGCGUGGACUACCUCCUUGCCUGGGCCAAGGACAGAUACCUCGAUGUGCAGGUGACGCAGAUAGGCAGAAGCCUGUCGGGCUUCUUCCGUGGCCUUCAUAGAAAGGCCAAUCAGUCGGUGCGAGACUACAUGGCGGAGUUUGACCGGGCGUUCGCCCGAUUGGGCGAAGUGGGAUGUCACCUACCAGAUGUGGCAGCAGCAUGGGUUUUCGUAGAUAGGAUGGGGCUCGAAGAACAAGCCGACUUGAACCUUUUGGCCUCCGUCGGAAACCAGUACUCGUUGAAGGCUUUGCAGCAAGCAGCUAUCGUACAUGAUAGGGGUCUACGCAAACCAUGGGAAACCCAGAACCGAGCUCCCCGCAAAGAGUGGACCCCAAAGAAGGCCUUCACUGCAAACAUGGCAGCCAUCGAUGAGGAAGGUCCCGACGACGGCGGUGAAGAUGAGUUCCUUCUCGAACAAGACAGUCAGGACUAUGUUUCAGAAGACGUCGCGGAAAACCUCUACCAUGCGUACAUGACACAUGAAACGGCUAAGGCCAAGUACCGUGAAAGCAUGAAACUUCGAGGAAGUGACCCCAACUCCCUGAAACAGCUGGCCAUGGACAAACUCCGCGUGGCUAAGUCGAAGAGCUUUUGUGCAGGCUGCAGACGUAGAGGUCACUGGCACAAAGAUGCGGAGUGCCCUUUAAACAAGGGCAACACCCAUGGAAACAGCUCAGGUGCCACCUCGACGACCCCGCCAAAGGAGACGGUGAAGCCCAGCUUUCCUUGCCACGUUGUUCAUGUCACGUGGGAGAUCACCGGUGGCCCUCCACAGGAACUCCUAGCUAUUACGGAUACGGCAUGUUCACGAUCAGUUGCAGGAGCCGGAUGGAUUGAUCUCUACCUGACUGAGGCCCGCCGCUUGGGCUGCGAACCUAUGUUUGUGCAAUGUGGGGAAGCAUUUCGCUUUGGGGCUUCGAGGGUGUUCACGGCGACCUACGGAGUGAUCUUGUGUUUCGAGCUCGGGAACAAGAAGGUCUGUCUUAAAGUCGCGGUUGUUAAUGGCGAAGUUCCACUCCUCGUGUCGAGACCGGCUCUAGGCAAGAUGGGGAUGAUCAUCGAUGUAGAGAACAACUCUGCCUCGUUUCGUGUGCUGGAUGUGCGCGACAUGGCGCUACAGAUCACCGAUACAGGCCAUCCGGCCUUCCCGGUGCACCCUGCUGUGAUUCCGAAGUCUUCCACAGCCGCUCCAAAUUGGGAGUCGACUGAGAUCAAGAUCUUCUCGCUGGAUGAGCAAUACAUGGCGUGUUCUGCGGGGGUCUCUUCGGUUUCAGAUUUGGGUGCUUCAGAGAGUUGGGUUGGAGACAGGGACGUUGGUAAAGAACCCAACUUUGAGUACAUGUUCUACCCUAAGAAGAUUGGCAGCGCCGCAAAGAAUCACUUUCUGGAUGAGAAGUUCAACCCUGAAACCUUCGCAACAUGGUGGUCCGAUUUGCUGACGGCCCCGAUGGUUUCGCGCCCGAAGACUCUCUCCGAGUUCACGAAGGCCGAGCUGAUCACGGAGGCCACAGCCCGCAAUCUGUGGUUCCAUCCGACUUGGACGGUGACGGAGAUCCGGUCUCUCAUACAGGAAGACCGGAGGAACCCCUCGGGCAACCAUCCGGCGGACGCUGGGAUGAGCAAGCUCACUCUGGAACAGCUGAAGGAGAGAGCUAUGGAGAGAGGGCACCACCUUCCGCCGUAUGCGACCAAGGGCACGAUCAUGCGCAUUUUGCGAGACCAAGCGGGAAUGGGGCCCCAAUCGAUCCUGGCCUUUGGACGCUUCAAGGGAAAGAUGUUCAAGGAGACUCCGGAGAGCUAUCGUACCUGGGCUCUCAAAGAGGUGACCUCCCACGACAAUCCGUCGGAGGACUUGGUGAUGUUUGCCAACUGGUGGCGCGAGGAGAUGCACGGCUGGAGGGAGUCGCCGAACCGCAAGGUGAUUGCGGACCUGGACACCUACUUGGACCCCGAGGAGCACGCGACGAUUCCGUACACCGAGGACGCAACCUCCACCACGUCCUGGGACAUGGUGAACCGCGAGACGGAGUACCCAGGAGCGAGUGCCAAAGCUUCCCCCGGGAGUUCGUCACUACAGGCGCCGAGGACGCCCCCGAGACGCAGAGGACCCGAGGCAGUGGUGGGACCGACCCCUACGACCAUGGAUCAAGACCUGCCGCCGGACGUGACGGACGAGGUGAAGUACCUGGAAGAGAGAUUGGCCAUCCUGAAGGACCGCCACGGCCUUCCCGGGAAGGAACUGAACCUUCAGGAGCUUUGCGAGAACUACGACGAGGACUACGACGAGGUGUACUUCGAGUGCGACGAGGAUAAGGUGGAGUUCCUUUCGAACCAGGCGAAGGCCCAGGAGAACGACGAGCACCCCGAGCACGGCGACGAGGAUGAGACGGAUCAGGAACUAGACGUGUACGUGGAGGGGAUGAAGGUUCCGGACGUCUUCUACCAGACUAAUAUGAACUCUGGAGGCAGUGGGGAUGUAGUCCAACGUGAGCCCCCCGGAGUGAGCAGGCGACAGCGUGUUCGGGAUUGCGAGGAGUGCGCCAAGGACAAGAUGAAGAACAAGGCUUUCAGCUACAGCGACCUCCUCACCGUCGUUCGUCUUCUUCCCCUACGCAAGCUGCGCUCUGGAAAGGCAUUGAAGCGAGGAGGCGGACUUCCCUUCCACUACUUCAUUGCCGGGAUGUACACCCACGGACCCUUCGUCGGAGUGACCAAGAGCGGCCAGGAGCUUCCGUGGACGAUCAAGUACAUCAACUCCUUUGUCAGAGCCCAAGGAAUGGGGGAGUGGACAUCCUUCGCGCUCUUCCGGAACACGGCGACGGAGUGCCACACAGACACUCACAAUAUGGCCGGGACCCACAUCAAGACAGUGAGCUUUGGCGAGUUCACUGGAGGUGAGCUGUGGAUCCACGGAGAUGCCCCCGAAGGACAAAGCAGCCAGACAGUAAGCCGGCCGGGUCCUGAUGGAGAACAACGACUUGGCUACAUCGUUGACACUAAGGAGAAGAUCCUCAGUUUCGAUGGGAAGGCGCUGCACGCAACACAGCCCUGGGAAGGCGAACGAUGGGCUUUGUCGUGCUAUACUACCAGGGGCUACCCCAAGGGAACGAUCGAGAUGCGAGAUGAACUACGUGAACUGCGGUUUCCUCUACGAGGGAUCCCCAUCUUCGACGAGCCGGGAGCGCCGAAGGAGAACGCCAAGGAUCGAUCCUACAGACCUCCAAAGAGCACCAGGAAAGGGCUUUGGAAAAAGGCCUCCAGGCUGGCGGCUCUGACGGCAUGGUGCACUGCUGCAGCUUCUACAUGUGUGUUCGAGGAGUACCCCCUUGGACGAGGACUAGGAGCAGUUUCUCUCUUUGAGAUUGGCGGUUACGAGAAGACCCUCGAGAUCACCGACCUCGACUACCUCGCCGCCGAGCCCUACGCCUACGACCACGAAGCCAACGAAAAUCGUUCUGAACUCCAUCCACAAGUCGUGCGGGAUACCAUCGAGGAAAUGAAACCCGCGGUGCUCUGGAUUCACGCCCCGAAGAUCGAGGACCUCCUGCCAGUGAUCUCAGAGCACUUGUGUACACAGGUCGAUCGAGGAGGGCAACUGCUUAUCGAGGCCCCGCCUGGUCACCCCUGUUGGACCCGGAAGGAGAUCAAGAACCUCCUGGAGCGCUACGAUAAUCGGUGGACCCAACGGAAAGGCGAACCUCACCUAUGGAGGAUCAACGACGAGUACGAGGACAUCACCCACCACGACCCCAAAGAGAACCUUCCGGAGUUCCUCAAUUACAUGGUGAAGCACGAAACCGACCGAGGAAACGAGGAUGAAGAGGAGAAGAUCAAGCGCGGCGCCGAAGGGAUCACCUUUGACCAGGCCACCAAGAUUGCUCCGGAAGUACGUUCUUCACUUCGGCGACUACACCAGAAUUUGGGACACCCUUCCAACACCGACCUCGCCAGACACCUACGCUUGGCAGGGGCAGAUCCUACAGUGGUCGAGGCUACAAAGAAGAUUCGGUGCCAAGUUUGUUCAAGGCACCAACGCGCCGCCUCAGCAAAGCCGGCGAGUCUGCCGAACAUGCUCGACUUCAACCAGCUCGUGGCAGUGGAUGCAUUCUACGUCUACGACACCAACGGUGUGAAGGUUGAGCUGAUGAUGGUGGUGGAUGUUGGGACAGGCUUUGUCUCUGCCGGCCAUCUUCAAGGCCAUUCGACGAGCACCAUGGAAGCCUCCUUUUGCUCUAUCUGGAGCAACACUUUCGGAGCCCCGGGGACGAUGAUCGUCGAUUUGGAGUCCGGACUACAAGCUGGACUUGGAAGAUACAGCGAGUGGCAUGGCACCAAGAUCAGGCCGAUCGCAGGGCAAGCACGUUGGCAGAACGGGACCGUGGAAAGAGCCAUAAGAACAUGGAAGGAGAUUUGGGUCAAGCUUGUGGAUACUCAUUCCGCUACCCACGAGGAGACUGACAUGGUUGUGACCUCCGUGAACGCAGCUAUGAACACCCUACGACGGGAUGCUGGUUUCAGUCCUGCACAAGCCGUGUGGGGAAGAAAUCCACAACUACCAGACGACGUCCACAACGGUCCCCAAGACGAACAUGUGGAACACAUCAUCACCCACGACCGUAUGAGGGCCAGGGAACACUCAAUCCGAUCCGCAGCCAAGGAAGCCUAUUUCAGAUGCCACAACGACUCCCGGAUCCGCAAAGGUCUCCUACAGCGUUCAAGAGUGGCAGGCCCUGAUUUACAAGUUGGCUCCCAUGUCCUGUUCUACCGGAAACCCAAGGGUAACAAGAACUGGGCAUGGCAUGGACCCGGCGUUGUGAUCGGGAAGGAAGGACCCAACUUAUGGAUUUCCUUCGCGGGACGAUGCCAUCUCGCCGCUCCAGAGCACGUGAGGAUGGCGACCGGAGAAGAGUUGGGAGAAGCUUUCGCCCUGAGGACUACGCAACGAGAUCUACAACGACUUCUGGAGCAGGACUUCGCCGACGAGGGCAUCUAUGAACAGGAGGACGAGGAGAUGGAGGAAGAUCCGGUUCUACUUCCAGGUGACGACGAGGAAGAACCAGAACAGGAACGCGGAGAGGCAAGCCGAAGGAAACAAUCCGAAGGUGCUCAACCCCCUGUGGUGAAACGACAUCGUACCAAAGGACCGCAAGAUCCUCCUCAAACACCAGCCGCCAACGAGACCUAUAUGAUGAAGCUGGCGAAGACUCCCCGAGGACGGGAAAAGGCUUUGGAGAAGGAGCUUCCCUGGAGUCUCAUCCCACCAGAACAGCAAGAGAGCUUCCGGCAAGCAGAAUGGAAGCAAUGGACGGAGCAUGUGGAGCAUGACGCACUGGAGCCUUUGUCUGUGAUCGAAAGCCGGGAGAUCUCCAAGUCCAAGCCCGGCCGCAUCCUGGGCAGUCGCUUCGCUUACCGCGAUAAGCUAUGGUCCAGAAGGAGAGCUCAACCCGAUGUUGGGUGGAAGCCGAAGGCUCGGCUUGUGAUCGGAGGCCAUCGCGAUCCCGAUCUCACACAAGGCUUGGUGACGCAUGCACCAACUAUAUCCAGACAGGGCAUCCACCUGCUGCUCCAGAUCCUCGCCUCGAACCUGUCCAAGGGCUGGAAGGGGUUUGCUGGGGACGUCACCGCGGCGUUCCUGUGCGGUGAAGACUUGUCCCGCGAACUGUACCUAAGGCAGCCCCGUACAGGGCUCGGGAACCUACACCCCGAGCAACUACUGAGGAUCAAAAAGCCAAUUUUUGGGUUAGAUUCACCAGCCGCGUGGUGGAACAAGUUCCAGAAGGUCGUCAAGAAGCUACGGAUCCAGGACGACGGCAAUGAGUGGGUGGUCGUGCAGAGCACCCUGGACCACUGCAUCUUCAUGGUGCAGCGAGUACGAGGACGAGAUGACCAGGGAGAACUUCUACUGGAUCCUCCUUCGGCCUACUUGGGAGUUCAUGUCGACGAUGUUCUACUUGUGGGCGAAGGUGGAUUGUGCGACUUGGUGAAGAAGGAAUUGAGCGCACAAUUUCCGAUCCAAGACUGGGAAGCUGACAAGUUCGACUACGUGGGGUCCUAUAUAGAGAUCCUCUCUGACUGCGUCAAAGUUUCCCAGGCAAGCUAUGCGAGCACCAGGCUUUUCGAAGUGGAGACCGUCCAGGACAUCCCCGACCACUUCGAGGCCACCGAGGUCCAGAAGCACGACAACCAAUCCCUUAUAGGGGCUUUAUCCUGGAUGGCCUGUCAGACCAGACCUGACCUGCAGGUCGGGGUUAGCAUGAGCCAACAAAGACAAAAAGCACCCACGGUCGGGGACGUCAAGUUCACUAACCAGUUGGCGCGAAGAGCAGCUGAACAUCGUGAACAAGGACUUGUCUUCUACCCAGUUGACCUCGACUCCGCGGUGCUUCUCUGCUACCACGAUGCUGGGUGGGCCAAUGCACCGCAGUCCCAGGAAGACCCCUACUACCAGUUGACCGCCGAGGAAGACCAACAAGGGCUCAUUUUGGACGGGCCCUACGCGAGGAAAGAUGCCAAGACGAAGAAGGCGAACUCUACGAUCGCCUCCCAGCUGGGCGGCGUCUACAUCCUCGCGAACAAGGCGAUCCUACGAGGAGAAGCCCAUCACGGGAGUAUCUUGGACUGGAAAAGCGGCCCAGCUAGCAGAUAUCCUUACGAAACCCCUGAAGCCAGAUGGAUGGUGGAACACCAUCAGAAGCCCACUGAGGCUCACUUUUAA